AUGAGAUCCGGGGGCGCGGGCUGCUCUGCUAGGCUGCUGCUGACGGUUGGCUGGCUGCUCCUGACGGGCCUCCAGUUAACGUGCGGGAUCAAUGUCACCGCGAUCCAGGAUCCCAGCUUGGCCCGCGAAGGCGAGGGCGAGCCAGAGGGCGACGAGGAGCCCGAGAACGACAGCGAGACAGAGAGCGAGCCCGAGGCUGAGGCCGAGGAUGAUAUUUCAAAUAGCACGAUAGUCAAAGAAGUAGAAUUUGGGAUGUGCACCGUUACAUGUGGUAUCGGUAUUAGAGAAGUUAUAUUGACAAGCGGAUGCCCUGGUGGUGAAUCCAAGUGUAUCGUACGAGUGGAAGAAUGUCGUGGACCAGUAGAUUGUGGCUGGGGUAGACCAAUUUCAGAAAGCCUUGAACGUGUAAGGCUUGCCUGUGUUCAUACAUCUCCUGAAAACCGUUUCAAAUAUAUUUGGAGACUUCUAAGGCCAGACCAGCAAGCCAUUAUACUUGCAAAUGAUUCAGCAAUCCUGGAAGUUCAGAGGGAUACUCACCCCAAGGCUUUUGAGUGUGAAACGUUGGAUAAUAAUGAAAUAGUAGCAUCUAUUAGAUUCACAAUCUAUACCACGACUGAAUUACAGAUGAAAAGAGCAAGCCGACCAGACACUGAUGCAGUCCUAGUUUUUGUGCUGACAAUAGGAGUUAUUAUCUGCAUAUUUGUGAUCUUUGUACUAAUCUUCAUAAUCAUAAACUGGACGGCAGUCAAAGAUUUCUGGGGGGCAAAGGCCUCGACAACUGAGAUACAGUCUGAGCUGAGUUCAAUGAGAUACAAAGAUUCAACUUCUCUUGACCAGUCACCAACAGAUAUACCUGGACAUGAAGAUGAUGCUUUAAGUGAAUGGAAUGAAUGA